CCGCAUUCGUGAGAUACAACUCGUGGUGGUCGGACGAAGUUCGGCGGCUGCUCUGAUAUCUGGAACUGUGCUGGUUCCGUUUCCCCCCUGUCUUUGUGCUUGUUUUUUUUUCGAUUUUUGGCGCUGUGUAUUUUUGUUUUCGUUGUCUUGUCACUCUGCCACUUUGUCACAUUGCCACUUUGCCACCUCCCCGCCGGACUACCACUUACGCCGUCUCCUCCCCCUCCCCCCCUGAUAAUCCGCCAAACGCCUUCUCUUCCUACGAGACUCCACUCGCGAUCCGAAGAUCUUAGAGCAUCCCAGUGGCACAUCCACAUCCAGAACUCCGAACUCCGAGCACAGAGCACAGAAUCCCGAACACCAGCAUGUCGGACGGCAUCGAGGUCGAGCAAAUGGUGGAGAGCAAGCCGAGAAGGAUGCCGCUGGCCACGUCGCUGGAGAAGGACUCGAUCCGCGAGGCCUACGAGGAUGUGCGCUCUGAUCUCACGGACACCGAGUGGGCGGUGUUCAAGUUCGACGGGGCCCAGAUCGUCGUCCAUGGACGCGGCCAGUGCUUCGAGGAGUUCCGGCAGCAGUUCGGCGACUCGGAACGCGCCUUCGGCUACAUACGCAUCCAGAUGGGCGACGAGAUGUCCAAGCGCAAGAAGUUCAUCUUCCUCACGUGGAUCGGCCAGGAGGUGGGCGUCAUCCAGCGGGCCAAGAUGUCCACGGACAAGGCGCUGAUCAAGGAUGUGCUUAACAACUUCGCCGUGGAACUGCAGGCGGGCGUGGAGGCCGAGCUGGACAUUGAGCUCUUCCGGGAGGCGUUGAACCGGGCCGGCGGUGCCAACUACGGCACGGGCAUCCGGGAUAACUAACUAACGGCCUACAAGUUACUUUAUAUACAUACAAAUAUUUUUUUUUUUUGCUUCUCUCAACCGCUUACCAAACACUCUGAUCCUUUUCUCUUUAAUUAUUAUGAAUUAAUUUUAUGAAAUUUAAAAACUGUACAUUUUAUGUAAUAUUAUACAAGCAAUUGUAACAUUA